AUGCCAGUGGUUGAAGGAAAUAUGUCGAAGCCGGUGGUGCUAACGAGAGAUAACGCUUACAUCCUGCUACUUCUUGUAUCAGGCAAGGCUGCCAAAACAGCAACCACCAACCCACGCUAUCAACACAGAGAGAAUGCCAGAGUGCUAAUCUUCCAACUUUGCCGGUGCCUCUCCACAACCCAUCAGACGAGUCAGCCUACACUUGUCUCUCUUUUGUCUCCGUUUUCUUCCGACAGACGCUUUAUUUUUCCUCUCCAUUCCUUCUUUUUUCUCUCCUUUUUCCCAUCUGUUUUCUCUUCUUCCUUUUUCCAUCAGUUUCUCCUUGCUUCUAUUUUAUUUCUAUUUCUUUACUUUCCCCAUUUUAUCUUUUUUCUAUUUUCCUUCUUUUUCAUUUCUUUUUUCAUUUUACUUUUUUUUAACCUUCAGCUAUUUCCUUUCUUUUGCUUUCCUUACAUUUUCCUUUUUUGCUUCUUCAGUUUUCCUUUUUUUUCCUCACCUUUACCUUCUUUUUUCCUUCUUUUUCUUUCCUUUCUCUCCUUUCUUCUCUCUUUCUUCCAUUUUCCUUCCUUCUCUCUUAUUUACAUUUCCCUUCAUUUUUAUUUCUUUUUUCUUUCUUGCUUUCAUUUUCUUUCUUUUUCUCACUUACUUUAA